CGCAGCAAGCAGACAGGGCCAAAAAAUUGAGAUUGAUAAAAGAUAAUAAAAUCAAGGAGGAUAAAGAAGGAAGGUAAAGAGUGCAGUUGUAAAAUAUGAGUAAUUUUUCUGCACCCGCGUAAAUCGACUCAAUUUAAUAUUAUUAAGUCUACUGUUUUCAAAUAAACUUUGGGUUGAUAGAAAUAGAUCUAUUGUUUUUUAAUCAUCGGAAUGAAAAAUUAGCAAUGGGCGGUGAGAGUAGCUCAGUUAGUGCUACUUAAUCUUAUAAAGAUGUACUACCUUCCUUCCUAACAUCUGCUUGGAGAUUAGUAAUCGACACCACGCUGGGGUUCCCCGGACAGUUCCCUACACACCAGCGAAUCAGCGCAUUGCACACGUCCCGCGCAAACCAAUCAGCGCUCAGCUGUCGUCCUACGCAAAACUAAACCCGAAACUGACUUCCUCAUUUCGCGGCACUACUGGAAGCAAAUAUUGGUGAAACAUUGUCGGGAGACAGCGGAACAGAGAAGCAUAAUUUACCGCUGACCGCUUCGUCCAAGGCAGGCUGACUCUUGAGUAAAGUCUUGUGGACUACUGGGGCGUUUUGUGGCACUCUGUUGACGUUUUGUGACUCUCCGGAGGCGUUCUUUCACGCACAACUUUUGCUCCGUCACAAGUUCCGGUUUCUCCGUCGAUUGGUACAUGGUCGUCUUCGGGGUUUCAGCUGACGGAGUUUCAGCUGAACAGUUCCUCUCCCCACUUUGACACCAGACCGACACCACUAGAGGUCUCGCAGGGACUUGGGCCAGAACAGCACUGACAGCCAUGGACCUUGGGGACCUCAUCAUCAAUGCAGAAAGACAGGAGGAGGAGGAGGCUGGGGAACAGGAAGAGCAGGAGCGCCACCUGCCAAAUGGACACGUACUGCAACAUGAUCAUCGGCGCCCCCAAGCGGAUGGUAAUGGCCCUGCAGACCUCAUCCUUGCUGAGCCAGAUGAGGAGGAGGAAGCAGGGCAAGAGCGCCACCUAGCGAAUGGACACCUGCGACUGCAGCACGACCAGAGAGAUGCUGAAGACAUCCACGUAGGGUUGGAGGCGGAGGGGGGGUACCAGAAUGGGGACCCCCCUGCUGUACCAGCAGAGGGGGGGUAUCAGAAUGGGGACCCCCCUGCUGUACCAGGAGAGGGGGGGUACCAGAAUGGGGACCCCCCUGCUGUACCAGAGGAGGGGGAGGAGGAUGGGGAGCAGCAGGAGCCGGUGAAUGAGGAGGAAGUGAAGAGGAAAGAGGAGCAGAGGAAAUGCAAGAGGCUCUACAUUUCUAUCUGGGGCGUGUCGCUAGGGUUCAUGCUCGUGUACGCCUGUCACCACGGCGUUCUCAACAUGGAGAGGAUUCUGAACGAGGCCAAAGGUCGCGGCCACGACACCACGUCCAUGCUGCUCGGUUUCGGCGCGGCGUCGUGUUUCUUCGCCGUGAUUCCCGUCAAGUGGAUCGGCGCCAAGUGGGUCUCCUUCCUUGGGCUGGGUUUCAUCACCAUUUUCACGGCGCUGUACUACAUGCCGGACAGCCAGUACACGCAGAGUGUAGCCGGCGCGCUGGCCGGUCUGGCCACCGGGCCGGUCUGGGCCAGUCAGGGCCGCCUGGUCACGCUGACCGCCAUCCGGUACGGCCGGCUCACCGACACCGUCGCGCACCAGGACACCUUCAUCUGCAGGUUCACUGGCAUCUUCUUCUUCCUCUUCCAGAUGGCGCCAGUGUGGGAGAACCUUGCCUUCUCGCUGCAGUUCGUGUUCCGUAACGACACCAUGGACGUCUACAGUCUGCGGGAGCAGAUCGGAAACCUCACCUGCGGGUAGGUAACACAAACAAACAAAUACAC